GUGAGGUUGGCAAGCGUGUGGCGCGCCCUGGACGAUACCCCGGGCGGGUCACAGUGCGCCCCCGACCACCAGAGAGGGUGUAUGUGCCCUCACGCCUCGCCCUCCUCUGGCAACCUGUGCCCACGACCAGGUGUGGUCACUAGGAAGGUGACAGGAGCCAGGUGUGGUCACUAGGAAGGUGACAGGAGCCUGGUGUGGUCACUAGCAAGGUGACAGGAGCCAGGUGUGAAGAUGGCCGCCUUGAGGAUUGGGUUCGUAGGAGCUGGCAACAUGGCCCAAGCCCUCGCUAAGGGCUUCAUCUCUGCAGGGAUCACUGAGCCCCGCCACAUAGUGGCGUCCUGCCCGAAGACUGACGACCACCUCCUCCAGCACAUGGUGGACUUGGGAUGUGACACCACCUACAGCAACCAAGAUGUGGCAGCUGCGGCCGACGUCGUCAUUGUGUGCGUCAAGCCGACUCUUGUGCCUCGCGUUCUGCAUGACCUCAAGCACUGUGUGAGCCCCAGCCGGCCCCUGGUGACUUCUGUGGCCCUCGGGGUGACUGUGGCUGCCAUGGAAGCCUCCAUGCCCCCGUUGACGCGCGUGGUGAGGAUAAUGCCCAACACUCCGGCCCUGGUGCAGAUGGCUGCCUCGGUCUUCUCCAGGGGCACCUACGCCACUCACGACGACGCUCUCCUCACUCACAGGUUGCUGUCGUCGGUGGGGGAGUGUGACGAGGUGCAGGAGACCUUCAUGGACGCCGUCACCGGCCUGAGCGGGGCCGGACCUGCUUACAUGUAUGUAGUGAUGGAGGCCCUGGCGGACGGCGGCGUCAAGAUGGGGCUCCCUCGGCCCCUCGCUCAGAAGCUGGCCGCUCAGACUAUGAUGGGGUCGGCCAAGAUGGUGCUGGCCACAGACAAGCAUCCCGCCCAGCUGAAGGACGAGGUCUGCUCGCCCGGAGGGUGCACCAUCCAGGGGGUCCACGCUCUGGAGCGAGGCAGUCUCAGAUCUUCACUCAUUGAUGCUGUUGCUGCCGCGACCAACACUUCUAUUGCUGCCGCCGCUGGGAAGUAGCUGCAGCUGCUGCUGCUGCCACUGGGAAGUAGCUGCUGCAAAUGCAACUUACUGAAUGGGAAGAGGCACAAAGUUCAUUUAGCAACAGCUGACAGUCGUUGAGCUAUGAAGAAAAUUGAACGUGAAAAAUGGAACUGAACCUCACUACGUUGGAGGAAAGAAGGAAGAGGGCGGACAUAAUAGCGACGUGCAAGAUACUAAAGGGACUGACAAAGUUCAUAUAGACGCAAUUCUUGUUCUACUGUUCAUAUUAAGGAACAGAGCGAGAGAACAUAAUUGAAAACAGGAAACACAGACGAGUCGC